AAGCAAAGAACAAUGGCUUCUUCCACUUAUGCGCAAAGCUUUGCAGAUUACGCUGGGCAUUGUUUCCCCGGCUCUUGGACCAGAUCCAUACUAUUGUGUAAACUGGGGACGGGAGGCGGGAAAUUGGAAGCAACUAGGCCCUUAAGACAUCAAAAGAUUGAGGCAAGCAAUCAACCAAACCUCAGCGCGCAGAAAGCCUGGCACAAGGCGGCCGGGACCUGGCAUGUGUGUGCAGCUCCGCCCCUCUUGGGCGAAGCAACUGUGCCUGACCCUUCCCGCGACCCGUAGCGCGGCGGAGCAAGCGCGGAAGGCUAGGUGAGCUGAGCGUCGCCAUGGAGCCCGACGGGACCUACGAGCCAGGCUUCGUGGGUAUUCGAUUCUGCCAGGAAUGUAACAACAUGCUGUACCCCAAGGAAGACAAGGAGAACCGCAUUCUGCUCUACGCGUGCCGGAAUUGCGAUUACCAACAGGAAGCCGACAACAGCUGCAUCUACGUCAACAAGAUCACGCACGAAGUGGACGAGCUGACCCAGAUUAUCGCGGACGUGUCUCAGGACCCCACGCUGCCGCGGACCGAGGACCACCCGUGCCAGAAGUGCGGCCACAAGGAGGCGGUGUUCUUCCAAUCUCACAGUGCCCGGGCCGAGGACGCCAUGCGCUUGUACUACGUCUGCACAGCUCCACACUGCGGCCACCGCUGGACUGAGUGACACCCCUCUCCCCCAAGUGUAAUAAAUGUCAGGUUCUGUA